CGUCAACAUCAGUCUAUUGGGGCUCAGACAUGUGAGAGUCGGCUGAGUUGACCCAGAGAUUCAACUCGGGGGACGGGGACGCCGCUCGGUGCGUGAGGAUCCCCUCGUGGACCUCUCACUCUGCGGCCCUCGCCGGGCGCAUUGUCUCCGUUGCGAUGCGCCGCGAUUGAAACGUCUGAUAGUUCUCGCAGAUGUUACGUCAUCUGAUCGGCCGUUUUGAUCGGCCGUUUUGAGAAAGCUGAUCAAAACCGAUAAUGGGAAUAUCGGCCGAUAUGGAUCGGCGCCGAUCAGAUCGGUGCAUCCCUAGUUGUGUAACUUUCUACAUUUAUAGGAGUUUCAGUUGGGAUUUAGAAAACAGCACUGGUGAAAAUGACAAAUUGCAUCAGAUAAAGGACUCGUCUCUCCUUUUGUUAGACCUUAGUGCUGCGUUCGACACCAUUGAUAAUGACAUCCUGGUACAGAGACUGGAUCAGUAGAUUGGCAUCUCAGGUACCGCACUAAGUUGUUUCAAAUCCUAUUUAUCAGAUCGAUCUGUUUGUAUUUGUAAACGAUGAAGCCGCAAUGACCACCAACGUUAAUCAUGGAGUUCCACAAGGUUCUGUGCUUGGACCAAUUUUAUUUACCUUUUAUAUAUGCUUCCUGUGGGAAAUUUUAUCAGGAAACAUUCCAUAAACUUUCAUUGUUAUGUAGAUGAUGCCCAAUUAUAUCUAUGGAUCAUACCAGAGGAGACCAACCAGCUCACUAAAAUCCAAGCAUGUCUUAAAGACAAAAACAUGGAUGACCUCCAACUUCUUGAUGUAAAACUUGAUAGUUUCUAUCAAGAUUGGUCCUUAAAGCUGAUAAGGUUAUUAUUGUCUUCCGUUUUCCAAAUUGAUGGAACUUGAUAUGAUUACAAAAAAUCUUCUUUUGCUUUUUAUGGCAGUUGGCCUUACCGCCACCCACUAAUCUGGACUGUUGACAUUAGGAAAAUAAAUGUUUUAUAAGGAAAAAAUACAUAUACACAUACAAAUGAAAUGAAUUCUCAGAUUCUAUUCAUUAGUCUUGACUCGAAAUAUUCCAGAAGAAUUUCCCAACAUUUAUCACUAAAGCUUUUCUUUCGUAUAUGAAUUGUCAAUAUCUAUGUUUUGGAGAUAUGGAAUAUACCCAUUAAUAUUUGUAAUAUAUAGUAUAUGCUUUUCCUGCACAUCCUCUCCGCCUGUCUGCAUGUCUCAGCUGCUCUGGGGCGGAAUCGUUUUGGCCCAGAAGAGACGGGUCUAAGAAACAGUUUAGCCUACAACUGAUGAAAGAUAUAAAAACAUUCUCAGAGUUUUAUGAUUGGAUAGAUUGUAAAACAUUUGUCACAGGAAGGAAAGAAACUCAACUAGCACUGGCUCUCUAAAGAGAGAGAGACAAUUAGGGCUGAUGAGCAACAGCUGUGACACCUGCUCCACGGGCUUAUUAACCUGAGAUGUGGCUCAGGCAACAUUUUCUGUUACCGACGGAAGCCAUGGCAGCUUUUUGGGCCUUGGUCUUCUGUGCGCUGACUGUCUGUCUCAGCAAAGGCUCUUGUUUGUCUGCUGGUGGCAAAAAUGAAAGAAGCAAUGCCCUGCUGAGGAGAACCAGAGAGCUGUCUCCCAAUGAGAUCAAGAAGGCUCUUGCACUUUUUAAAGAUCCCCAAUCGCAUCAUUCCAUGUUGCUGCAAGCUUAUGAAGAAGUGCAACAGGAAACUGAUGACGUGGAAGUUGAGGCAUCAAGUUUCAAUCUGAAAGUUGUAAAAAAGCCCCUAAUUGGCCCAAAAGAGUUAAAGGGAAAUGAAUCUGCUCUACAUGCUGGAAUUUGGAGCCAGACCUCCAGUGAUGGGGCCGGUGGCAACAUCAAGGCCUACGACAACCUCCCCAGCAACGUGGCGGCCUACGACAACCUCCCCACUAAAGGUGGCAACGUCACGGCCUACGAAAGCCUCUCCACCAAAGGCGCCGGCAGCAACGUCACGGCCUACGACAGCCUCCCCAGCAACGUGACAUCCUACGACAGCCUCCCCACAACCAACGUGACUGCUUACGACGGCCUCCCCAGCAACGUGACGGCAUACGACGACCUCUCCAGCAACGUGGCCUCGACGGCCUCCAGCAACGUGACGGCCUCCCCAGCAACCAACGUGACGGCCUACGACAGUCUCCCCGGCAAAGGUGCCGGCGGCAACGUGUCGGCGUCCGACAAAUUGUACGUGUAA